AUGGCUUGGCUUGUAAUGCUACUAACCGUCGCUCUUUUGCUGAUAGGUGCUACGUUAGUUAGCACUGGCGUUUGCCUCCUACAGAACUAUCGGGCUGCUCGAUCCAUUGACCGAAAGGUCCUCUCCUUCUUCCGCCGUCUGCCUUUCGGUGACAACAGCUUCACUCGGUAUAACUGGCGAGGAUGGGAGGUCGAAGAUAGAUAUCGAUCCCAUUCCGAAAUGGGGGAUAUUUGGGUCUUAGUAACACCUUUCAAGAACUGGAUCUAUGUCAACGACCCUCAAGCUUUAAUGUCACUAUUUCGGAGAGGAACUGACUUUCCACGUCCCGUCUUCGUUAAUGAGAUCUUAAAUGUAUUCGGGCCUAACAUAUCGACUGCUGAAGGGGACAGAUGGAAAACGCAGCGGAAAAUAGCUACUCAUUGUUUCAAUGAACAUAACAAUGAAAUCGUAUGGUCAGAAGCUAUUAGCUUAGCCAACGACAUGCUUCACUAUUGGAUUGCCAAGGUAUCAGUCAAAUCAACUGCCGACGAUCUGCGCACGCUGUCUCUACACGUGCUCUCUCGCGCAGGCUUUGGAAAGUCCUUCAAAUUUGUAGGCCAUGACGAUAAGAAAUCCUCUUCGAGUCCAGCCAACAGCUACAAGGAGUCUUUGCAGACAGUCUUGGAAAACCUCGUCCUCAUUCUUGGAUUAGGGACCAAGUUCCUCUCCAACCCUUGGCUUCCACAAAAGUUCCGAACCGUCCACGAGGCCUGCGAAAAAAGGGCAUUUGCCGAGGGAGAGGUGAGGGAUCAUAACCUCAUGACAUCACUAGUCCGUGCUUCCCAGGAUGAAGCAAAGACUUCAGGUGGCCUCACCGAGAGUGAGAUCUACGGCAAUAUGUUCGCCUUCAAUUUCGCCGGCCAUGAUACAACGGCGCAUAUCUUCACCUUUGCGCUGUACUUUCUAGCAGCCCACCCAGAUGUCCAAGACUGGCUAUCACAAGAAAUACGCCAUGUUCUGGGUGACCGGCCCUCAUCUGAGUGGGAUUAUCGAGCUGAUUUCCCACGCCUCAAGCGCUGCCUUUCUGUAAUGUACGAAACAAUACGUCUCUAUACAGUCGUACCGCCAAUCAAGUGGACUGGUAGCCAAGCACAAUCGCUCACUGUUGGUGAGAAGACAGUUGUUCUCCCUCCUCACAGCAUGAUCGCGCCGAGUUACGGCUCUGUACAGACAGAUCCAAGAUUCUGGGGUCCUGAUUCUCUGAGCUGGAAGCCUUCGCGCUGGAUUAAGCCCGCCGGCUCUAACGCCGAUAUUCCGUCAGAGCCAGGAGAAGAGGAUUUCAACAUGCCCGUGCGCGGGGCUUUCAUAGGCUGGUCUGAUGGCACUCGUGACUGUACAGGAAGGAAGUUCUCGCAGGUUGAGUUUGUAGCAACCAUGGCGGUGCUGUUCUUGGACUGGCGAGUAGAUCCAGUAGUAGCCAAAGGUGAGACCCUUGACGCCGCGAGGCAACGAGUUGAGAAUCUUAUCAAACAGGACUCCGGGUCUGUCUUGCUGCUGCAAAUGUUACAUCCCGAGCGUGCACCCCUAACCUGGAAGAAGCGAUAA